AUGAUGCGAUCCUUUGCCGCCCCUAUGCCAAGACCCAGCAAAGGCGCCCAUCUCAGCAGUUACAGGACCCCACCAGGGCUCAUCGGCAGCUCUCAGAGACACCUGGUUUGGAUGAAGGGAACCCAGCUUCACAACUGGACUCAGCCUCAUCCUGACCGACCUGCUCACCACACCAUGACUGCACGAAAGGCUCAUUACAAGCCUGCAUACCUAAAUGACCCAGUAAAGGCGCCCAUCUCAGCAGUUACAGGACCCCACCAGGGCUCAUCGGGCAGCUCUCAGAGACACCUGCUUUGGAUGAAGGGAGCCCAGUUGCACAACCGGAUUCAGCCUCAUCCUGACCGACCUGCUCGCCGCGGUAUGCAUCGUGAGCCCUUGAACAUUAACCAUCUCGGCUGCUUUGCAUAUGCAAAUGCCAAUCUCGACAAGAAUGAGCACCACCGCCGUCUCUGGGUGUCCAAGAUUCUCUCGCUCUGCAAGGACAGCAUUAUUGAGUGCCUACGAGAACAGCAAGCGAGCCAGAAUAAUUGCGGAAACGCUUCUGAUGCGUCGAGCGGUGACGAGGACGAGGACAGCGAGGAAGAGGCUCGAGGAGCGACCCGCGUUCUGAGCAAGCAGUUUACGCUAUAA